AUGGAUCAUCGCGGCGAACAGCCGCCAGCCCUGGUGCGGCGGUAUGAUGUGGAACGGUCAUGUAUCCGCUGCCAUGAGCGCAAACUCCGUUGCGACAAAGCCACGCCCUGCUCCAUGUGCCUUAGAGCCAAGGUACCAUGCUGCUAUCCCGGUCCUGAGCGGGUAAAACGUCGCUCUAAGAGGUUAUCUGCCAAGCCCCGGCCUCGCUUGCAGAUGCUGGAGCGAGAUGUAGCCGGCAUAAACGGGCCUUCGGAGGUUGACAGAGAUGCAACUGACCUGAACAAAUCGGAGCGCCAGCCAGUGGAGGAAGCUGAGGGACCGAGACUAUCAAACGGUUUGCUGGUCAAGGAAGGUUCCUCCGCACGGUACAUCAAUGAGUCUUUGUUGUCACGGGUCUUGGAAAAUGAGUGCGAUCUACAAUCGGCCAUUGACAUCCCGGAUAAUCCCACCGACAGUGAUCAGACACAGGCGGAUGAUGGGUUCGACGGUCUCUUUUCCAACCCUCUCUUAGGCAAGGAAGCGUCUGGACUCCAUCCAUCGCGCGGUCAGGCGGCGCAAUUGUGGCAAGUAUACCUGAACAAUGUGGAUGUUCUCUUGAAGAUACUACACAUCCCGGCCACCGAGCCGGUUUUCUUCGCCGCCAUCAGCAACCCAAAGCAGACGCGAGCAGAUCAGAAAGCACUUCUGUUUGCUAUCUACUAUGCCGCAGUGACGAGCCUGUCCUCGUCUGCUACCCAUGUCAUCCUCAGCGAGGACCGCCAUUCUGUGCUCAGCAGAUACCAGCGGGGCUUGGAAGUGUCCCUACAUAUGGCCUCAUUCUUGGACUCUCCCACUAUUCCAUCUUUACAGACAAUGGCAAUAUACCUGUCAAUCGGCCUGCACCGAGAUGGACGGCACUUCCAUCUCUCCCCUUUCGACUGCGAAAUUCGCCGUCGACUCUGGUGGGCGACCCAAGGCUACGACACGCGAGUAGCCGAAGACCACGGAUUCUCUCUCCCCGACCCAGGUCCAUCCAGCGACACCGAGCUCCCUCUCAACAUCGACGACCACCAGCUAUACCCUAACAUGAAAGAACCGCCAACCCCACGAGCAUGUUGGACCGAAACAACCAUGUUCCUAAUAACCAUCGAAAUGAACCGCGCCAUGCGCCAGGCCUCGCAACUCUCCAACCCCCCAACCUCUCGCAAAUCCCACCUCGAAACUCUCCUCUCCACGCUCCAAACCCGCCUCCACACUCAAUACCUCCAACACUGUAACCCACACAUCCCGAUCCAAAAAUGCGCUCUCCUUCUUGGCCGCAUCUGCCUCGGCAGACUCGAGGUAUUCCUCCACCACCAAGACUCCACCACUACCGCUACCACCCCAACAGACAAAACCCUCUCCUUAGCCAUCGAGACCAUUACCCUCGCCGACGAGCUCAAAACAUCCGACCUCCUAACUUCCUAUCACUGGCUCUUUAGCACCUUCCCCCAAUACCAUCUCCUAACCUAUGUGCUAUGGCAUCUAUGUAUCUGUCCGCAGACUCCAUGUGCUGAGCAAGCCUGGACGGUGGUAACUGUCGGAAUGGCUACUGAAGCGAUACAACGUGGAUUCAGUGGGAAUGAAUAAAUUGGAUGACUAUCUAAAGCAUUGCUACUGACAGCCUCUAUAUAGGUAGAGUAGCAGUGUGGAAAAAGAAGCAUUACGUGACUGUAGUUGCUUAUUAUACUUUAAAGGACCGGC